UUCAACAUGCUUAUGAGGCUUUGGAGAUCAAUUUUGUUUUAAAUGGGCCAUUACGUUGAUAUAGAAAGAGAGAAAGAGAGAGCACUCUGAAAUGAAUUGAGAGAGGGAAAGAUGGAGUGAGGGAGGCGAGUGCGAGCGAGACAGAGAAAGAGUGGCCCUCUAUAUUCGGCUAUGCCAAAACCACGACGGGUGAGGGGCCAACCUCUCCACAUGUGACUGCUGUGUCCAUUUUUAGAGGUAGAGCGGCACACUCGGUCACGGUUGGAGUUCCUGCCCUUUCGUUGGGAUUAGAGGUGUAAAAUUAUUAUUUUCCAACCGUUAAUGUUUUGUUUUUUUGUUACACAUAUCUUCCCCCAGUUAAUUUCUUCUCAUUAUUGAUCUGAGUUUAUUUUCUUUAUAUUUCGUGUGGACAGUUUGAGAUACUUCUUUUAUUUCUAAACUUUUCUUUCUAAAAUGUCAACUUUUGCUUGCGUAUUUUAGUAGCCUACCUUCGUCUAUGGAAUCAUCUUGGGGAUAUUAGAAAUAGCCUAACGGACAUGGAGUGGGUUAUGAAGUUUUCCCACACAAGGUGCCUUUUGUUCAUGAAUAAGGCAGCGUGCUUUUGGAGGGUUAGACCAUGAGGGAACCCAUCGAGCGCACAACUGUCGAUUAGGCGACUGGUUGCUUGAGAGCUUCAAAAUAAAAUGAAUGAAACAGCCGUGUUUACGAUGGGAAAUACAACAACGAACAAGUGGAGGACUCUUUGAACAGGCAGCUGGAGUCUGGAGAAGAGGAUUGGCAGAACCUAUUAAGAAGACAGUCCGUGACAGCAGCAUAUCCCAGCACAGCUACAUCACAGAAUGAGGUUGAAGUACUCUAUCUCCCUUGUCUUCAUUGUGGCACUGGUCAUCAUUGAGAAGGAAAACAAUAUUAUCUCACGGGUCUCAGACAAGCUCACCCCAAAGCAGACCCCCCAGACACCCCUCCAGCCCAGUAACUCUGCCCCAGCCUCAGCCCUGGGUCUCCUGAAGUUCAAUGGCUCCUCCUUCACUACGCUGAGCAAGCUGGACCCUGCUUUCACCCUCAUGAAGAGACGUCUGGAGAACUACACCGAGCAGAGGUCAGAGGUCAUAGGAUCAGCAGGAAACAGAAAGCACAUCCUCCUAUUGGCCACCACGCGGACAGGCUCCUCCUUCGUGGGCGAGUUCUUCAACCAGCAGGGCGACAACAUGUUCUACCUGUUUGAGCCGCUGUGGCACGUCGAGAGAUCGCUGACGUUAGAGACCGGCGGGACCAAUGCCACGGCCGCCGCCCGGGCCUACCGAGAAGUCCUCCAGGGGCUCUUCCUGUGCGACUUCACCCCUCUGGAGAGCUUUAUUGACCCACUUCCUGUAGACCACGUCACCUCAGCCCUGUUCAGGAGAGAAUCUAGCAGCUCUCUCUGUGAGGAGUCCGUCUGCAGCCCGUUUGUUAAGAAAGUAUUUGAGCGCUACCACUGCCGGACCAGGAAGUGUGGUCCCCUCAACCUGACCAUGGCGUCCGAGUCAUGCCAGCAGAAGGAGCACAGGGCCAUUAAAUCCGUCCGGGUGCGUCAGCUGGAGACCCUGAGACCCCUCGCUGAGGACCCUCGUCUGGAUAUCAAGUUCAUCCAGCUGGUGAGGGACCCCAGGGCGGUUCUGGCCUCGCGCAUGGUGGCCUUCUCUGCAAAGUACAACAACUGGAAGAAGUGGGCCGUGGACGGGGACGUGCCCAUUGACGACGACGAGGUGAGGAAGCUGAAAGGGAACUGCGACAACAUCAGGAUGUCUGCGGAGGUGGGCCUGAGGCAGCCGUCGUGGCUGAGGCGGAGGUACAUGCUAGUGCGGUACGAGGAUAUCGCUAGAUUCCCUAUGAGGAAGGCAGCGGAGAUGUACAAGUUCACCGGGAUUCCGUUCACUCCUCAGGUGAAAGACUGGGUACUAAAGAACACCCAGGCUUCCAAUGAGACAAGCGGAGUGUAUUCAACACAGAAGAACUCCUCCGAGCAAGUAGAGAAAUGGAGGUUCAGCAUAUCGUACAAACUAGCCCAGGUGGUGCAGAGAGUUUGUGGACCCACGAUGAAACUGUUUGGGUACAGGUUUGUGAACAGCGAGGCGAUGCUGACGGACAAGUCUAUCAGUUUGAUCGAAGAAAAGGUUUUCAUACAAAACUUUUCAUAGACAUUUUACUGUAACUCUGAACUCUGCUCAACAGACAAAGUGGACAUACAGAUACGAUUAUGAAGUGAUUGUUGUGAGGAUAUUUAUUGGGGACUGUACUAGUCUACAACAGAGUAAUGUAUAAGACCCUUUAUAUAUAUAUAUAUAUAUAUAUAUAUAUAUUUAAAUGAUAACAUGUUACACUCCAGGUUGUAGAAAGAAAUACACAUUUAUGUGUGUAAUUGUAGAAAAAACGAUUGAAUGAAGACAAAAACAGGUACUACCUUUUAACUCUUUACAGGGAUAUUUAACAAAAGAAAACCCUUGUUUUAUGAGUACUACAUGGUAUAAAAGUUGUUUGUUACGCACGUUUGUCACCUUGUCACCCCAAACCAAGUCAUGCUUUUUAAACCAAAUCUGGUUGUAGAGUGGCCAAGCUUGAGUCCUUGAACAGUUUGCCAAUUGAAAUGUUUUUUUUUUCUGUCAAGCUAGCCAUGGGUUAAUAACAGUAGCUGCUUUUGAACUGAGCUGUAGAGAAGGUAGCUAAAUGAAUGACUUGCUCUGUGUGUGUGGAUAGCAGGAUACUAGCAGGGCAUUCCAAGGUUUUGGUCUUGUAUUUUCUAUAUAAUUUACCACAAAGAAGGGAUGUUCUUUCAUGUUAAUUUAAUAUAUUAUUUUAUUUGUAUUGAGAUUGAGAGAUUAUGGCUAUGGCUUUUGCACAUGCUACAUAGAUGGAUAGUUUUCUCCCCGCUAACUGAUGGGACCCAUACUUCCAGACCUGUGUUCAAAUAGUAUUAGAAAUCUUUCAUAAACUUUUAGUAUUUGCUUUAGCCUGCCAGGAGCGCCAUAUGGGCGGUGUUUGCAGUUUUGCGAUUAGUCUAUUGGUUAAUAGCACCAGGCAAGCUCAAUCAAGCCUAGCCAAAGUAAUAUUAUUAUUUUGAAUACUAUUUGAACCCAGGUCUGCUUCACGCACACAUAGGCUAGGUGGCUGAGUAGCUGUAGCUACAUGCAUGUUACUGUUUUAGUUUUAAUUGGCUGUUAGUGUUUCACAUUGUGGAAGUCGACGGUGAGUGUAGCGAAUCAUUCUGUAGAAACAGAUGUCUACGGUGGUUUUGUAUGUACAGACAGACUGCAUCCCAAAUGGCUUCCUAUUCCCCAUAGUGCACUAUAGGGAAUAGACACAGACAUUCCUCCUGCAGCUGGUUUGCAGAAUUGUGUGAGGUUUAUCAGCAGCUUUCUGUCCGUUGACACUAGUCUCCUGGCUGGUGAUAAUGGAAGAGAAGAGGACCAGGGGACUAAAAGACUGGGCGUACAUUCCAAAUGGCAUCCUAUUUCCUAUACAGUGCACUAUUUUUGACCAGGCCCCAUAGGGCUCUGGUCAAAGGUAGUCCACUACGUAGGGAAGUGAGUACCAUUUGGGAGGCAGUAUGGGUUUGUCUGUAUGUCAAUGCCUUUUCUCCUUCUGUUGUUAAGUUAAAUCCUUUGCUUUUCAUUUCAGUGGAAUUUUCAAUUGUUGUGUGAUUGUUUGGCCUUUUACUGUACAAGUAAAUUGAAUAUUGACACGUUUA